AACCAUGAUUACUUCUACAAACUUCGCUGCACGGCUGCGAGCACUCUCUCUCUUCUGUGACCCAGUGCUAUAGGCUACAUCUCAGGUCCUAGACAACGGGAGCAAUGAUAUCGUCCCCACGACCUCCGGGCCAUGGGGAGUAACACUUCGACUGACAGUGCACAUGGGAAUGUCACGCGGCGAACCGAGGUAGGUCCGUUUAUUUACUGUCCGUGUUCCUCAUCUACAGACCAUUCGAUUCCUGCCCUCCAUUCUUCACGAACCUGCAAAUCCCUUCCUCAGUAUGCAGCUCAAAGAUCGCACGUUCAUCGUGAGCGGAGGUUCGAGCGGCCUCGGGCUUGCAACCACUCUCAUCUUCUUGCAGAAUGGCGCCGACGUUUCAAUCUUUGACCUCAACCCUCCACCUUCCGAUUCCUCUUCUUCGAUCGACUCCAGUAGAAUCCUCUUUAGUAAGACCAACGUCUCCUCCACCGAGUCUCUACAACAGGCUUUGAAGAGCACAUUGAAAUGGACUCAGGAAACAAACAAACCGCUGUCGGGCGUGAUCUGUUGUGCAGGUAUCGGAACGGCCGCAGUAUCGCUACCCAGACAAGACCCGUCGGCGACACAUGACAACCUCAAGUACAUGGACAUGGCACUAUUUGACAGGACAUUGGCGAUCAACCUACGAGGAACAGUAGAUCUCAUUCGUCUCACAAUCCCUCACAUGGCCCUUAACGAACCUUGGGGCCCUGACGGCGAGCGCGGAAUAAUUAUCGUGGUCUCCUCAGUCGCCGCAUACGAGGGUCAAGUUGGGCAGUUGGCCUAUAGUGCCAGCAAAGGAGCUGUACGCAGCAUUGUUCUUCCAUUGGCCCGAGAAUUGGGUCAGAAGGCGGGCAUUCGAGCAAUGGGCAUCGCGCCGGGUGUCUUCCAAACAGGCAUGACAGUACCGCCGAAGAAGAAAGCGCCAGCACCGGCAAAGAAGGAGGGAGCAGAAACCAAGCCGAAAGGAAGUGCCGGCUCGCGAGCGUCGCUCAAUACUGAGAUGAUCCAGUAUCCCACGCGGAUGGGUCGUGGAGAAGAGUUUGCCCGGUUGGUUAAGGAAAUCGCCGAGAAUCCUAUGCUCAAUGGCGGAGUGAUAAGGCUUGACGGGGCAGUCAGGAUGCCGAGCCGGUUAUAAUGAAGAUAUGUACAUGUGGUCAUCAAGAGGCGCUGA